AUGCAGGCUUAUAGAGCAGAUUUCGCGCGCUUUAUCAAUUCCAAGAUGGCCGACAGAAAAAGAACGUGGGCAUCUUUCAAAAAUCAAAUGAAGGCCAAAAGGCUUAAAAAUACUGGAAAAAACAUCAACAAAACAGGAAAACACAAUAUUUUGGACAGAAAGGAGUUGGUGGUGCAACGGCUAUCCGCUGAAGUGUCCGGGAAGGCACAGAAGUAUACUCGUGUCGGUCCACGUGAAUUUGUCACCUACCAGGAUGGAGAGUUGACGGUGGAAGGCAUCAAAGAAGCUUGUGAAAGGCACUUUGCUCUUGAAGAUAUGUCAUGUGAUAUUUUAGCCAGCGACCAGGGUCCAUCGUGUACAUCAAUGGAGCAUAUUCCAGACUUAAAGGUUAUCCAUGUGAGAUUUAUAAAUGAAACAUCGAAGUUGAAAAAAGAUGAAAAGUCCUGCAACCACCAACCUAGACAUGUUUCCAGUGUUCCUUCAGUGCUUGUAAGUGACAGAGGCAAUCACGAAAAUGAAAUACCGUACAGUAGCACUAGAAAGUCUUAUCCGAAAAGUUUAUCUGUGUCUCAGAUGAUAAAACUUGGAAAGACUUUAAAGCCUGAUGCUGCUGGGAAAAUUUUUGACAUAUACUCAUUCAACCUUGAAACGAUGACGUGGGAUUGUAUUCCACAAAAGGUUGAAUUCAUAAUUGAAGAUGAUGUGUUGGGUAGUGGCGGAUUUCGCACAGCAUAUAAAGCUACAAGUUCUUAUUCAGGAUACAAUCAUACACCCUGGGUUGUGAAAAAAUAUUUGGAUCAUGUGAAAAAAGAAAUCAAAGAAGAUCUUCGUUUGUCUAUGGAAGAACACACUAAAAAAAUUGUCCAGAUGCAUGCCCUGGCUAAGAAUACUGCAUCUCAACUCACAAAAAAAGUUAAGGAAGAAGGUCUUACAACACAAUAUGGAGAAACACUCAAAUUCAAAGAUGUGUUUUUUGCGAAGGUUGAUGAAGAGUGUGUAACCCUGGAGGAGUUUAUUGAGGGAGAUUUUGUCAAAUAUAUAAACAACACUGGGAAAGCUUGUGUACCUGAUAGUGAUAUAAUAGGUCAAAAGGCACAGUGUUUAGCUCACUUCUCUUAUGAGAAAUCUAAAAGUGAGCUAAUGAUUCUUGAUAUCCAAGGAAGUGGCCACAUGUUAUUUGAUCCUGAAAUUGCCACAGCUGAUUUAAUAAAAGACAGAGAAGUCUUAUUCUGUGCAGGUAACCUGACUGAAAUUGCUAUUAAUGAAUUUAUUUCUCAUCACUCCUGUAAUGAGUUUUGUCGACUUAUUGGAUUAAAAGUCUUAGAAAGUUAA